GUGCAACUAGAACAAGCACAAGCGCCCUGCAGCUCGGACGCUCAACAGCAAUUGGGCAGAGUUGCGCACGCUGCAUGUACACGAGGGUGGUUCAUGGUCUUAAGCGCAGGGGUGACAUCCGAUAACUUAGUUGUCUCACCAUCCGACUAAGAUAAUAACAGUGUUGUUCGCGUAAUUUAACGAGUGAGCUGCAGUUGUUUUACGUUGCAACUUUUAUCCUUGAAGAAUUGAAGAAGAAACCGUCAGGAUGGACGCAAAGGAAAAAUCGAAUUUAAACCUAAAAGCGGAGAGCAGUAAAGGACAAAAAUCUUUCUUACAUUGUGUGGGAGGAUUGCCAACAAUCUUGUGUGUUAUGAUGUCUGUUUGCUCGAUGGCCUUUUGUUUUAUGAUGAAUUUCAAGACCUCUCAUCUGGAGCACAGAGUGCAUGUUUUGGAGAUGGAGCGACUGUCUCUGAUUCAUCCUUUACCGUCAGCACCGGAGCCAAAUGGAACAGUGUCUGCACUGCGGGAGACUAUCGAAAAACUUUUACAAGAGAGAUUUAAUACCAUGGUGCCCAGACUUCGCACAGCGAGGGAGGCAGAAGCCGCAUGUUCCUGUCCACCAGGGCCUCCUGGGAAGCGUGGUAGAAGAGGCAAUCCUGGAACACCUGGAACGCCAGGACGGGAUGGCUAUCCGGGCCCUCUCGGCAUGGACGGGAAGCCAGGCAUACCUGGACCAAAGGGAAGCCAGGGUUUGCCAGGAACCAAAGGAGAAAAGGGUGAUCGAGGAGACAUCGGCCCCAGGAUGGUCUUCCCUCGACAUGACCACGGCUUUCUUUCAGGUGACCAGCAUGUUUUUCCAAGGCGCCUUCUGAAGGGAGACCAAGGCCAAGUGGGGCCCCCGGGCCCUCCAGGGCCCCCAGGAACCCCAGGCCCCAGGGGACCGCCUGGGAACACCGGGAGGGAUGGACCGAGGGGGUUCCCUGGCGAGCCGGGACCUCCCGGACGUGAUGGCAUUGAGGGACCAAGAGGGCUCCCAGGCAUUCAGGGUGAUGACGGUGAAGAUGGCGGGCCAGGGCCACAGGGACCUCCAGGAAUAAAGGGAGAACCUGGCAUGUCGGGUGGUCCUGGAGAGAAGGGCAUCGACGGGCUCCCAGGGAUGAAGGGGGAGAAGGGUGAUUUUGGAGAGCAGGGGCCUCAAGGAAUUAUGGGUUUACCUGGAGAAAAAGGAGCCCCUGGUUCAUCCGAGGGAAUUGACCUCACUGGAGAACUCUUCCACGCUCUGAGGGGAGCUCCAGGGCCGCCGGGAGAACCAGGACUCAAGGGAGAAGACGGCUACCCUGGCCUACGCGGAGCAGAUGGAGCACAGGGCCCGCAGGGCGAGAGGGGAGAGGACGGGAGGCCAGGGAACCCUGGGGAGAAAGGAGAGAGGGGGGAGAUGGGGCUGUCUGGCCCGUCGGGUAUGGAUGGCCAAAAAGGAGAGAAAGGAGACGCCUGGAUUCAGGACAACCUGGCACAGAUCAUCUCACUGCCUGGACCUCCAGGGCCAGCUGGCCCCCCAGGGCCCCCGGGUCACCAGGGUCAUGGAAUACCUGGCCCCAAGGGGGAGCCGGGCGAGGCGGUGAGAGGAGAGAAGGGAGAGGUGGGAGAGCAGGGGGCCCCCGGCCCAAGAGGCGCUCCUGGUUCACCAGGUGCUGAUGGAUUAGUCGGACUUCCAGGUUCCAAAGGAGAAAAAGGCAAACAAGGCCUGCCUGGAUUAGAUGGUUUCCCAGGGCUCAUGGGGGAGAAAGGGGACACGGGAGGCAGAGGAGAGAAGGGUGACCGUGGCCCAGGGGGGAAGAAGGGCCUGAAAGGUCAGAAAGGCGAGCAGGGUCCUCCUGGAUUGGACCAGCCCUGCCCUGUGGCUGCCAGCGUGUUAAAAGGACAUGGCGGGAAAGCAGGGCUGCUCCCUGACGCCCCCUGCCCCCUGGGUCGAGAUGGGCUGCCCAUACCAGGAUGUUGGAACAAGUGAUCGUUGACUUGGAAGCAUGGGAUUUGUACAUAUCGAUAUAUAUUUUGCAGCUAACACACUUUUUGCCCUUUUUAACAUUUUCUAUUUAAUAUAUGGAGGAUUUAUAUAGGAUCUGUCUAUUUUUUUUUGGUGUUUUGUUUUUAUAUAAACUAUGGCACUAUGGUUUGAAUAUUUGAAUGAAGGAUGAUUCUAUGGCAUUAUAGCAUGAUGCUUUGUAACAGACACCUGAAUGGAAACGUAUGGGAGACUAGUAAAUGACAGCGCUCAUAGGAUGGACAGAGAAUGCUGCUACACCUCUUGAGGGAAGGAUAUGAGGUCAAAAAAUAGCAAACACGACGUCAUAUGAUUAUUGGAAUAGGAUGUACAUUCUGUUACUUACCAUAUGCAACAUACACACCAAUAGCAUGACCCUCUUUAUCAGCAGAAUAUAUGAUGUUCUGGAUCCAAGACAGCCACGGCCUACAUUUUGUCUACCAGGCUUUCUGCAAAUGGUUUGAAUUCACGUUAAAGUGACCUCAACUCUCAGGAAUUCUAUCUUUUCACAUUAAUCAUAUCAACAAAAAACUCUGCAAAGCAAUAUAAUUAGAACAGAAAACACCAAACAGGUAAACUAAGAUAAUGCAGUGGUGAGGUAUGAAGUUGUAUUUUUGUUUGUUUUGUACUUUUUAAAUAAUGUGUGUUCUGAAAACUGCUUAGCUAUGGAAUCUUAACGAAAGCCCGUUUGAAUAUUAAGAUACUUUGUUAUUACCUGAUCAGUUUAAGAUCUUAAUGGUUGUUGAUGUAAUGUGCACAUAGCUGGUUGUAAAUAACAUGUCUAUAGUUAGAAUUAUUGAGGACAUUUCAGUGUCUUAAGUAUGUGUGUCUUUUCAGUAUCAUUUGUGUAUAUUUCUUUAAAAUACCCGUUGUAUUAAACAAACAUUUUGUUAAUUAUAUCUGUUACAAGUUCUGUGCAUCAAAUGGACAUGAUCGUUCAAUCCACACACAUCAUAUUUUAUGGACACUGUGUAAUAUUUACUACACUUUUGAUGCAGUACUGCACCUGUGCCUGCCAUGUUGUAGAAUACACCCAUCUUUCCUGGGAGAUACAUAGUUUUUUUUAAUCUUUUCCAGUUGCUGUUGACGAUACUGUAAAGGGAUUUUCAUGGAGUAAAUCUAAAAUACCAAAUUUUUCAGGAAACCGAGAUAAUAAAAAAGUUCAGAUAAA